AUGAAGCUCUCUCUCCUUUUCCAGCUUUCGCUUUUAGAGCUCAGCGCUGCCUAUGGACAUUAUCCCCUUCACUAUGCUCGAAGAUCGUCUCUAUGCGAUUCAUCCACUCUCAACCACACUGUGGGCACCUAUCUUGUCAAAGAAGGCGAGUCUAUUUCAACUAUAUCGAGCACUGUCGGCCGGGGCAUCUGCGACAUCGCUAGGCUAAACCGUAUGGCCGACGCUAUGCUUCCUCUCACUGUAGCAGAGGAAUUGCUCAUCCCACCCGAAGUGUGCGAGCCAGACAACUCGACGUGCCUGAUCGUCCCGGAGCCCAAUGCCACCUACGCAACCUGUGUCCAGGGCGGUCCGCAUACAUACUAUACCCUGAAAGGCGACACCCUCCGCUACAUUGCACUGAAAUUGAACCUUACGGUUGACGCCUUGAUGGCCACGGCCCAGGGCAAUUUGACCGAUCCGGACGCCCCCGUUCCUGUCGACAAUUUUCUCAAAAUUCCUCAGUGCCACCCGAGCCGGUGCUUGGUUUGGCCGGAGACUUUCACCUACGGCACCUAUAAAGAUAUCGCGAUGAAGGUGGGCUCCACACCGGGCCAGAUAAUGGCGAUGAAUCCUACAUACAACCAUACUGAUGUGGCGCAUGGGGAGGGGGCUGUGAUUACGGUCAUUAGUGAUUGUAAAUCUAUCGGGCCGAAUAUCACGGUCGUUUCAUGA